GCGGCCCAUCCAAGCCCGACUUGACUGCCGGCCGGCGACGGGAAAUCGGCCUCGCCAAUCUCUCGCCGGCUUCCCUCCGCCCCUGCCCAACGGCGUCUGCGGCGGCGCUCGCGUCAGAUCGCAACCAAGAAGAGGUGAUCUGCCCGCGCUGCUCUGCUCGUCCCGGUGGAGGCGGACCUGCGGCAGCGGCGGCGAUGGAGAAGGGAGGGGAGGCGGGAGGCGGCAGGCCGGAGUACAGCAUCAUCGUGCCCACCUACAACGAGCGCCUCAACAUCGCCCUCAUCGUCUACCUCAUCUUCAAGCACCUCCCGGAUGCCAAGUUCGAAAUCAUUAUUGUGGAUGAUGGAAGCCCCGAUGGAACUCAAGACAUUGUAAAGCAGCUGCAGCAAGUAUAUGGCGAAGAUCGUGUUCUACUGCGAGCUAGACCAAGGAAGCUAGGACUUGGUACUGCAUAUAUGCAUGGAUUAAAGCAUGCUUCAGGGGAGUUCGUUGUUAUAAUGGAUGCAGAUCUAUCUCAUCAUCCGAAGUAUUUGCCAAGCUUCAUCAGGAAGCAAAAGGAAACCGGUGCUGACAUUGUAACUGGCACCCGUUAUGUUAGCAACGGCGGUGUCCAUGGUUGGAAUCUUAUGCGGAAGUUGACCAGCAGGGGAGCAAAUGUUCUGGCACAGACGUUGCUACAGCCUGGAGCUUCUGAUCUGACUGGAUCAUUUAGGCUAUAUAAGCGAAGUGUUUUGAAGGAUGUCAUCUCCUCCUGCGUCAGCAAGGGCUAUGUAUUCCAAAUGGAGAUGAUUGUCAGGGCUACUAGGAAAGGUUAUCACAUUGAAGAGGUCCCAAUCACUUUCGUUGACAGGGUCUUCGGAAUCUCAAAGCUCGGUGGCUCCGAAAUUGUUGGAUAUUUGAAAGGCCUUGUGUAUCUGUUGCUCACAACAUAGGUCGAGAAGACACCGCAUGCAUGAUUGUUAUAGGACAAACUCUUGUUAGAGUGAUUUUUCUUAUGUUUUCACAGCUUGAACUGCAUAAUUGUACUAAUGUUUUCAGACCUACAAUUGAAUUAUAUACACUAGUUUUGGUCUGUGAGUAUCCAUA